CUUUGUUUGGAAACACACGAGACUUGACGGCUGGCGCUGGAUUUGCGUCAGCGACGUCUUGUCUCGUCUAGCUUUGCUGCUUUUAAUUUGUCGCAGAGUUUUGGGUAUUAUUUAGUGAGGUGAGGUGUGAAGCGCUUCCCGUGGAUUGUGAAGAUCGGUUGGGCUGCCAAGGCAUUGUCCACUAACUUGCCGUCCAUAACUUAAGAUUGGACGGAUUUGAAUCAGGGGCAUACAUAUCAGCAGACUCAGCUUCCUUCCAAGGCUUACCCAGCGCGGAAAACGAAUCUCAAGAUGCCACCUGCUAGCAUCCGUCGGAAACGCGCUGCCGGUCAGCAGCGCGGGAGCAGGAACCGCUACCUUGCGAACUUGCCAGUUGAGAUCCUCAUUGAAAUCAUCUGCCAUCUCGACUUCAACUCUUUCGAUAACAUGCUCCGAGUCAACAGGCGUCUCAGAAGCAUCAUAGAGUCGUACUGCCCGUCUAUGCUUUCCGACAUCAUAGAACGGGAGUUCACGCCAGCUGACGGCUUCUUCUACGCCUUCAAGUCUACGAAUUUGCGGGCCCAACUCUACGGGGAUAAGAAUGUGCAGGAAGCCAAGGAUGUUCAUUCCUAUCUCCAUGAGCUUUGCUUGUCCGGUCGGUUUCUCGAUGAAGAUCCCCAAAAGCCGCCUUCUGGAGGGUUUCACACGCUCCUUAGCUUUUGCCGGGUCAUCAGGCGCUGGGAGAUGGAAUUUGGCCGCCUGCGGUUUUCCGACGCCCCGGAGUACAGUAGAAGCCUCCACUCGCACGAACUCCUCCGGCUGCGCCAGGGACUGUACGCUUGGUGGCGGUACGCCCGUUACUUUCAUGGAACCAUAGAAUUCGAACACAGCUGCCCUCCGCGUCAGGACCUUGAGGGCUACACAGCCUGUACGUUCCGCCACUUACGGCCGCAAACCUGGCCCGAGAGCCAGCGGCGGGGCUUCAUACGGCGGUUUUCCACAACGCAGCUGCACGAGAUCUUCGACAUGUGGGAAACUAUUCGAUCGGCGGUCGGAAGACAGGUUGUUCCGCCUAUUCCUGCGGUGCUGGAGUGGUCUGGGAACACGCUUACCAGGGCAGAGGCCGGCCGUAUCGGCUGGGGCGAUUUGGAUGAGAAUGGACAGAUCCUGGCUACAGUUAUGAAGCUCCGUCCGGAAGACAUACUCCAUCUGCUUUUGUUCCGACACCGGUAUGCGACGAAAGAGAGUAUUGUCGAUGCUAUAAGGCUAAGGCACCCGCGGUAUGCCCGACCGGUCGUAUCCAGCGAAGCUAACACUUCAAGAAAUCCUGCUAACGUGUCUGCACAGGAUCGAAGACAGCAUCGAGACGUUCAGCGACGCAAUCCACGAUGUGCUUCGUGAGCGCGAAGUCAUGGACGGCGAGGAGGGCUCGUACUUUCCGGUGCCUGGAUUCCCAAGUCACCAUG